UCCUUUACGCACCAAGCUACUUGUCAUCGUGCUAAUCAUUUUAAGCUAACGGGUCCAUCACCGGGAGGCUGCGUCUUGUCGUGGUUUAUUUCCCGUUUUAGUGGUAGUAGGAUUAUUAAUUAGAAAAUGGCUCUACUGACGCCGUUGUUCGCUUUCCUGUAUCACCUGCCGCAGGUGUACAAGUGGCUACUGAAGCCCUACUAUGUAGCUUCUCUCUUCAUGUCUGUAGCCUUUCUAGCUGUUCGCAAGACGCCUGGCAUCUGCGACCAUCUGGCCACACAGCGAGAGGACGGCAACUCCUGCGACUUCGACUGGAGAGAGGUGGAGAUUCUCAUGUUUCUCAGUGCCAUCGUUAUGAUGAAGAACAGGCGAGCAAUAACGGUGGAGCAACAUGUGGGCAAUAUCAUCCUGUUCAGCAAAGUGGCCAAUGUCAUCCUGUUCUUCAGACUCGACAUCAGGAUGGGAUUGCUCUACCUGACACUCUGCAUAGUGUUUUUGAUGACCUGUAAGCCUCCUCUGUACAUGGGGCCAGAGUACAUCAAAUACUUCAGUGACAAAACCAUUGAUGAUGAGCUGGACAGAGACAGUCGUGUGACAUGGAUUGUUGAAUUUUUUGCCAACUGGUCUCCAGAGUGCCAGUCCUUCGCAUCUGUCUACGCUGAUCUCUCUCUAAAAUAUAACUGCGCUGGCCUCAAGUUUGGCAAAGUGGACAUAGGACGUUACGGAGAGGUUUCCAAGAAGUACAAGGUGUCUGCAUCUCCACUGUCCAAGCAGCUUCCCUCUCUGGUGUUGUUCCAGGGAGGGAAGGAGGUGAUGCGACGCCCCCAGGUGGACAAGAAAGGGAGAGCCGUAUCCUGGAGCUUCACUGAGGAGAACAUAAUCCGAGAGUUCAACCUGAACGAACUCUACCAGAAAUCCAAGAAAUUCAACAAGACAAAAGAAGACAAGGUCAGCCAAUCCCAGUUCCCACCAGUCCCUGAGGAGGAGGAAUCAGAGCAACAAGGAGGCAAUACCCAGAAGGAAGAGACCGAGUCCAAGAAGGACAAAUAAGACGGUUUGUUGUCGCUCGGCUUCGACUUCUGGUUGGAACUUUAUGAGUCCAGGUUAGCUCCCCCCUCCACCUCCUCUUCGCUCUCCUCUAGGUGUUCAGUUUGUUCACUCAUGAAUCUGCACAGUACUGGUGUCAGUGUGGCUCACCAAUUGAGAUGGAGACUGAGAAUUAAAAUUGCCACAGUGCUUCUGCCUCAGCACCAUUUAACACUAAACCUCCUUUAAACCCAGUAAUUCAACAGUUGUGCCGCUUCAGUGACCUCGGUCUAUUUUCCCUUUUAGAACUGAACAAAGAGAACAAGCGUACACUUUAGUGGAGAAGCAAACUGAGUUACAGUAAAGCAGCUUUUGAAGAGAGCUGUAAUGCUGUAAAGUGGCCCAUUAUAUCAGUGUAAGGGCUGGAAGUGUGCUGUGCUGACCUGCCAUGUGCUUUAGGUUAUCUAAGUCUCCACAGCACAUUUCUGAUGGUGAAAGCUGUGAAGUCUGAGUGACUGCUGUCUAGUCAGUUUAGUUCUUACUAAUUAACAAUAAGGGAGCAAUGAAUGUGAUGCUACUUUGUUUUGUUUUUUUAAUUUUGAUUUUUUACACAAGUAAUUUAAUUCUGAGUAGAUUUUCAAAAAUGAUUUUGACUAACUGUAUAUUCAUGUUAACCAUGUUGUAACUCCGGUACACACAAAGUAGGCUGUGUAUAAUGUAGAAUUCAUUUACAGUGUUCAAACAUUCGGGAGACAAAAUAUGGGAGCGCUCAUUAACAUCAACACAUCUGCGUGAGUCAGGUGACGUUACUCCACUUUACUAGUAGUUCAGCCGCAUCCUCAUUCAUCCCCACAGACUUGACUUUGUACUACUGUGGACAGACCAAGCUCAGCUCUGCUGUUAUUCAAGCUUUUCUGACAAAACAUUCCAAUAAUUUAAUUUCAUUUUUUCUUUUACAGAUUUAUUUGUUACUGCUUUUUUAAAUUAUGUUUGCUUCUCAAACUGAGGUAAACAUGACUGUCUUCAGCUCUCAGUUAACAUGUUGCCUAUUCAUGCCAUGUGUUCAUGGCUAACUUGCAAGACAUUUUCUUAUUUGAAAGUUUUAUACUGAUCGCAUGAAUCUUUUACCUGAAUUCCUACAGGAAUAAUAAUAAGAAUGAGAAUAGUAUGAUUACUGUACCAAUGAUAACUGUUAUUCUCAUUAUUAGCAUUAUUAUUUGUAGAGCAUGUCUCAGAAAACAAGUUAUAAAGUGCUUCAUGCAGGAAGAAGCAAGCAGUGCUUGAGUUUCAGCAGCAAAUGCUUCUCUGUAUUCUACAGUUUCUCAGCCUUUCUGGGUCAGACACUCUAUUUGAAGCUCCCAAAAUUCAGCUCACACUGAGCGUAAGCCUGGAACCCACAGUCGGUUUUGUCAGUGACCAAAUACCCACAAAACUAAUGACAUUCCCAUCAGCCUUAGCUGUAGCUAAACUAAGAUGGUGAACAUGUAAAAAUUAUAAACUUUAGCAUGCUUUAGUAUUUACACCUAAGCAAAUGUUGUUUUCAUCUAGUUUCUAUUAGAAAUGACGUCAGACAUACCUACAGUAAACAACAAAACUGAGACAACCCCUGGUCAGUAUCGUGCAUAUAUUGAGUAAUUACAAAUCCUGUCCAUAUAAUACAAUUUUAAUUGUUUUUAGCCAAAGCUAAAGAAGAACAAAGCCAAUUCGUUUGAAAAACAGAACAUUUUGCAUUGAAUUUAGGUCAUACUUCACUUUUUUUUCCCUUCUUUUUCUGCAGUACAUUUCCUCUCCUGUCAAGCCUCUUGAGAAUGGGAAACAUCUUUUCAUUCAGUAUUUGGACAUAAAAGAACAGAAAAAUAAUACAAAUGUUGCAAUAUGGUACAGUUUUGAAUCAUUGAAUUAUUGAGUGAUAUUGAUCAGGGGUGUACUCACUCAUCUGUCAAGUGACCCCAUACAGGGUCACUUGAAUCUCUGUGAGUCUAUUUAUUGCAGGGUGAUUUUUGCAGCCCAGUGUUCACCUGAACACACUCUGUGUACAUCAGAUGUCAUUUGAAUUUGAUGAAAGAGCGCAGCGUGUCUCAGAUUUCUUCAGACAGAGCUGUGAUAUUGGUAAAUGUGAUCAUCACUGACUGGAUCUUUAAGACUCUGUGUGUAUGGAUCUUGGGAGCUUCCACAUAUUCACUCAAAUUUUGAAGUCAUUUAAGCCAAUAAAAAAUGAUGUCAACACUUGUCCUGCAUAUUCAUUGGCUGAAUACUACUACUCACAGCGAGACAGCAUCACAUUAGUCUAAAACAUUGAUGCUUUUUGGACCAGAUCAAGUUUUUGGUUGUUUUUGAAAUCAUUUGAUUGAAUUUUCUUGCGUCAGUUCCUGUCAUUUCUGUUUCUUGAUAACAUUCCUAAUGAGGAUUUUGAAUUUUUAAACUGUUAAACACAUAUACUGUUUAGAUUUACUUUUUGAUCGCACUGAGACUUUACCCUUGAUUCAUUAUUUUAUUACUAAAGCUGUUUUUGGUUUGUAUUUUACAUGAAACUGAUUUGACCUUUUUGUCUUGUUGCAUUUCAUUUGAGCUGCAUUCCGAGGCUUGUGUGUAUAUUUGCUCCUGUACAUGAACUGAACUGUUUUGUUAUUCAUGGAAUAAAACAAUGUGCACAUGAA